CACUGAUUAAACUGCAUAGUUAACAGAGCAAUCAAUCAUAAUUUUUCUCCACAAUUUCAAUCAUGAAAAUUCUCUCAAUAGACAUAAACAGAGAUGUGCAUCAGUCCGCAGAUGACAUUGUUGACGAGAUGAUUGGAUGUGGCCGGUGGCAGCUCUUGAUAACUCUUCUUCUGAGUUUCUGUACCCUCAAUCACAUGCUGAACACUGGUACCGAAGCACUGAUGCGCCCAGAUGGUUGGUGGUGUAAAAAGCCACAUUUUCUUCAUGAUUGGACUGAUGUACAAUGGAUACUGUACAGCCACAGCAUCGAAUCAUGUGUUGGCGUGUGCAAUCGUAAACUGUGGGAUCAACAGUUUCUCGCUGAUGGUUAUUUUCAAGGUUGCAGUGUUUAUGACAUUGAUUACACUGCGUUGAUUAAUUUGAGUUAUGUUGAGAGGCCGAGCAUCGAUACUGUUAAAACUGUCGCUUGUCCUUAUGGAAUUUAUUACAGCAAUUUUGGUGGUCAGAAUUUAGCUGAGAAGUUUAAUCGAGGAUGUGAUAAUGGAAGAGUAGUGUCACGCCUCUGGCAGUCGUCCAGCACAUUUGGAAGAAUAGUAGGUUACAUUUUUAUGGGCAUCCUGAGUGACUGGAUCGGUCGAAAAAUCGUUCUCUUCAUCUCCUGCGGAGUGGCUCCAAUUACAGCGAUUAUGGUUGCAACCUCAACCCAUUACGUAGUCUUCAUCGUAUCGAGUAUCGUCAAUGGCUUCUUCAACGGUGGUUUUUCGAUUUGUCUGUUACUCAUUCUCGAGAUCAGCACGAAUAUCCGAAGAUCUGAGUUGUUGGUGAUGGGCUGCUGUUGUUUUGGUCUGGGAAUAGGAAUUCUCCCGAUCUUCGUGAAUUUCUUCAAGUCCCAUGACCUCAUGUUGGUGUCCACCAACGCCUUCUUCCUUCUCAUGUUCCCAUUCAUCCGGAUGAUUCCCGAGUCUCCGGCUUAUUUGUUCUGCACAGACAGACUGGACCAAUUGAACAAGACAAUCAGGAAGGCAUCAAGAAGGAAUGAACUUCCUGUCCCUCCGGGACAGCUCAUCUACCAAAAUAAUAGGAACUUUCAGCUGCCAAAGAGAAGACCCCAGCUUUGGCACAUCUUUCUAGAGCCAGAGAUCGCUUGCGAGAUCAUCGGCAUCAGCUACCUGACAGCCCUCUUCGCUCUGAUCUUCGGAUCAUCUUAUUACUCGAUCCUUGCGCACGUCACCAAAUCCCAACUGGCGAACUCUCUUCUGGCCGCUGCCACCAUGGGAGGAAUGCUCAGCGGUCAGUUCUGUAUUCUACUGAUGGGACACAAGAAGAUCCUUCAAAUUGCCAUUUUCCUUGUGCUACUCAGCUCCUUCAUGCUGAUCAUCGAUCUUCAUAAUUUGAAGCCAUCCAACACUGGACCAACGACAAUAUUAUUACUGGUUAAUGUCGCUGUCGUCAGUCUCAGUUAUGGAGUUUUGUUGAAUUACAAUUCAAGAACUGUGCCGACUUUAUUGAGGGGAACGCUAUCCGGUAUUUGGAAGAGCAUCUGGGCCCUUUUCGUUUGGACAGGGAACUACGAUUACGUGAAAUUUCCAACGAUUGCAAUAUCCCUGAUAAUGACCUGUGUUCUGGCUGGAUUAUUCAGUCUAAACCUCAAAGAUUUAUACCACCGUGAAUUACCAGAUACAAUCGAGGAUUCAAUUCACUUUAAAAUAAAAUCCAAACCAAAACGCUGGAUGGUGGAGGAGAACAGAGAAGUUAUUGAUGCCGAGGGGAAGAAUGGAGGGAACAAUGGAGAAAUGAGGGGGACUAUUGGAGCUUCUCUCCUGUGGAAUUUUUAUUCCAGACCCGGCAACAUCGCGCGCCCAAUCGAUUUACAUAGACACACAGAGGGGGCUGGAGGCAGUGUACUGCACACCUUCUGGCCAAAGACCACCACCAGACUACCGUUUUUUUCACGCUCUUACUGAUUCUCCUCUUUUUUGAUUAUUUAUUCCAUCAUUUUUUUAUUAUUUUUCUCGUUUUAUGGUGAUAGUGGAAUAGAUAGUCUUUGAUUUGUUCCUUUGUUUCACCACUGGAAGAGUGUUUUCGGAGAUUACGAAGAAUGUUUCUGUGGGGGUGGAAAGGAACAAGGGGAGGAUUUUUUGGUGGCUGUUUGAUUGGUGGGAAGAGAGAUGAUCGACUUUAUUAUUAGUUACUGAUGUCGUUCGGGCAUCAUACUUCUCUGGUUAAUCCAUUAUCUUUCAAUCAGUAACAAGCGCAAGACAGUUUCGCGUCAUCUAAUCAAUCAGUGAUUAAUUAGAUUCAAAAAUUUUUCAGUUACUUCAUCAUUAAAUAAUCAGAGUUGAAUCCAUUCCAUCAUUCGAUACAUUACUAUUAGCGGAGGUGAACUGUUCCUUUGUGACGAUUACUCAUUACUUGAUUAGUCAAUAAUGACUCAAUUGGCUCAUUCAGAAAUGCCAGAUUGAUGUGGUGUGUUGAUUGAUCAACGCUUUUGU